AUGAACGGCUCAAAAACGGUACUUCAACAGUGUCUUGCGUGUAAUACCUUGGUGAGUGUAAUUAUUGAUAACAAAUACGCUCUUUCUUGUUUUUUGUCCAUGGCUUGAACUGAAUUUUACUUCUGCACAAUUUGCAAAUCAACUGUCGGUGUGAGUAGGAAUCUGUUUUGGACCACAUACACAGUAUAGCACCCAGGAAAAAUCAUUUUCCUCUGAAGUACAAGAAAGUCUGUCUAAUUUCGGAAGUUUCUUCUUUUUAAUCUAGCCUUUUAAAAUCACCAGGCAAGUGGCUCUGUUGCAAAACUGCAGAGAUAGAAUUUCGUGUUUAUUUGGAAAGCCCUGAGUCAUGCAUGCAUCGCGACCUGCGACGGUUCGGGAGACGGAAUGUGUCGGCUCUGUCGUCCACUUUUUCUAAGAAAUAGUGUUUUUUGUAAAGCGAGUUUAUAUUUGUGUCUCGUCAAAAUAGUUUGCAAAACAGAAAAUGUGCUGUCCGAUUAAUCAUAAAUUCAGUUCAUUUUACUAACUCAGCAAUUUUGUUUUACUUCUCCGUGGUUAAUUAUAAGGUAGAGACAACUCAAUAUAAUAUUUUCCGACCCGGAGGGCAAGUUAAGUGGACUUUUCGCUACAAAUUAUUACUUUAGAAGACUGGGUUAUCACUAUAAAUUUACGCUAGCUAUCCAUGACUCAUGAUUUUUUUUUUAAUUAAUACAUUUUCAUCCUUACUUAAGGCUUUAUUGCAAUAAAUCAAAACAGCUCUGCUCGAUGUCCCUACUUUAUAUUGAGACAUUACCCUGUUUACAAUUCUUUAUUUUUAGAUGACUGCCUCAUCAAAAGCGUGUGUCUGCGGCCACGUUUUGAAAGAAACGAGUCGUUUUAUCGAUGGAAAAAGAUUUUCAGGUACGAAACCAACGUUCUGAUUCUGAAUUUUUCGCAACUUUAACCCAGUGUGCACCAGUCCGCACACGCGUACCUAAAAAAUGUCGAAGAUACGUAACAACCAAAAACAAAAUAGCCACAAAGUAAAGGAACGAAAGGUAAUUAAGGGAUAGCUCAUAAAGGGUGUAACUGCCUAUUCAAUUAUGAUUACCUCGCCAUACUGAUAAAGAGAAAAAAUUUAGUCAAGUCACCCGCAAAGACAACCAAUUUGGGAGACGUGGAGGGAUGAGUUGGAAAACUGUGCGUUUCCCCCUUGUUCAUCAGUUAUAUUUCUCGGGUAAAGAAAGUUUCAGUAGAGUGAAGUAAGAUAUCUCGCCAUCAUAGGUUACUUUUAAAGUAAUUUAGUUCUGUCUUUCUGUUUACUUUUACAGAACACCGAGCCAAAUUAUAUUCUCGUUUAGAGACAGAAAACAUGAGAAAAGAAGCACGAAGGAAUAAGCCACGAAGGAGAGGUCGCCCGAAGGUAAAAGACCCGUUCGGAUCGUGUUCCGUUGGAUUCAAUCAUUUUCUGUUGUUUGGGUUGAUUUGAUUUGCUCGGUUUCAGUUGGAAAAAAACGGUUUGUGGUUUGUGAUUGCAUGAUCAACUUUUUUGACCAGUUCAGAACAUGGAUGAUCGGGGAAAAGCUAAACUGUUAGUUGGCAUCGUGUUUUAGUCGUCAUUAGUUUGGCGCGUGAAUUGUGUGCGUGUGCGACUAGCCUGCGUGGUCACCGCCCAAAUCUCCUUUCCCUCACCUCCCUGAUAUUCCCUUUCGAACGCCUGUCAGGCAGGCUAGUGUGUGACGAUAGGGACUGUGAUUACAGAGUACUUUCAGUCACAACCAUAUUUCAAAGAAAAACAGAUGAUACUGAGAGUUUCUAUUGGAACAACCUCAAACCCGUCUUUGGUUAAAACUGUUAAUCCCAGGAAGUUCGCCGCUCUUUGGUGCGUUCGCCAUACAAAACCGUCAACUACACAGGCUAGACUGAGUUAAUACAGAUUUUCCACGUCAAUUAGAAUUGUAGAUAUGAAACGUGAACAGCAGUCAGCAGAUGGAGUAAAAAGUAUAGAGGAAUAAAAACUCAGACUAUAACAAUGCUUUUCUUUUGUUUCUAGAACCGAUUUGCAGUAAACCACACCUCAGUAAAGACGAACAGUAAGCCCAUAAGAAAACGAUUCUCUUGCUUACGAACAAAUCCAGGGUCCUCUCCGCUGGGAAAGCGCCGUUCAAAUAUGGUACCGACAGAGCUACUGAGUAGAUUGCCAAACGCCCUCCAGGAAAUAAACCGAAAGAUAGCAGCACAGAACAUCAUUUGGCUGGAAUUGCAAAUUGAGAAGAAAAUCAGUUAG